CUAGUAACCCUGUCUUAACCCCUGUUGAUCUCUACAGAAAUGAUCGUGGACAAACAUUUGUAAUGAGUCAACCGAAUUUUUCACCAGUAAUUGCGUUUUGAUAUUUAGCUACUUAUAUAGACGCAUAAGAGAUACAAUAUCUUAUCAGUAGCCACAGAAUACGUAUAUAUUGUCACAAUCCACGGAGUGAAGGCGGCACACGACAAAUUUUAAUAUUAGUCAUCGGCAUCGCAAGCUACCGAAACAUGGAAGUAAGUGCCCUAUACCUGGCGAUUAUAAUCACCGUCCUGGUGUUGAUCUAUCGUCGGAUAACUAGAGACAAUGAUUACUUCCACGAUAAACCCAUUCCAUCGUUGGCCGUAAAACCACUUCUGGGCAGCACCGGUGAUCUGCUGGUAAAAAAGUAUUCAUUCAAUGACUAUAUCAAGAAGAUUUACGACCAGUUCGCAGGGGUCAAAGUGUUUGGAUUGUUCGACACUAAUGUGCGCUUUUUCGUUGUUCGGGAUCCAGAGUUGAUCAAGAAGAUCGCGGUUAAAGAUUUCGACUAUUUUGUUGAUCGACGGCCAGUGUUUGGCGAUGCCGCUAAUGAUAACCCGAAUGUGCUCUUCAGCAAGACACUUGUUGGAAUGAGGGAUCAGAAAUGGCGCGAUAUGAGAGCUAUUCUGAGUCCGGCAUUCACGGGAAGUAAAAUGCGCACAAUGUUCCAGCUGGUCACUGAAUACAGUGAGCGCAUGAUACGGGUUCUCAAGGGUGAAGCUGCUGGAACGGGAUACGUUGAGUAUGAAAUGAAAGACCUAUUUUCUCGGAUUUCUAAUGAUAUCAUCGCAACCUGUGCAUUUGGGCUGGAAGUAGAUUCGCUGAAAAAUCGAGAGAAUGAAUUUUACAUGUCGGGCAAGAAAAUGAUUAACUUCAAUAGAACGAUAAUAUUGCUCCGAAUGAUGGCAUUUCGGUUCUUUCCUCGCUUGAUGUCCAAACUGGCGAUUGAUAUUAUCGAUGGAGACCUGAUCCAGUAUUUUUCCGAAAUUAUUCGAGAAGCGGUGCGAACACGAGAUGCUCAUGGGAUUGUUCGCCCAGAUAUGAUCCAUUUGCUGAUGCAAGCGAAGAAGGGUAUCUUGAAGCAUCAAAAUGAAGCACCGGAAACCGGUGAAGGGUUUGCAACAGUAGAAGAAUCCGAAGUGGGAAAGGCAUCUACUAACAAAGCAAUGACUGAACCGGAAUUUAUAGCACAGUGUUUGAUUUUCUUCUUGGCUGGAUUUGACACGGUAUCUACUGGAAUGAUGUUCCUGGCCUACGAGCUAGCUCUGAAUCCCUAUAUUCAAGAGAAACUGUACGAAGAAAUAGCAAAAACGGAUCAGCUACUGGAUGGGAAAUCUGUUACGUAUGAUACUAUCCAAUCGAUGAAGUACAUGGAUAUGGUCGUAUCGGAGUCUCUACGAAUGUGGCCGGUAGCAGCAGUCGACCGUCUGUGCGUACGGGACUACCUACUAGAUGACGGUGAAGGUCUGAAGUUCACCAUCGAUAAAGGCGCUUGCGUGUGGUUUCCGAUUUAUGGUAUCCACCAUGACCCGAAGUUCUAUCCAAACCCGCAGAAAUUUGAUCCGGAACGGUUCAGCGAAGCAAACCGGGCAAAUAUUAAUCUUUCCACGUAUUUGCCAUUUGGAAUCGGCCCAAGAAACUGUAUCGGCUCACGUUUUGCACUGAUGGAAUUAAAGGCUAUCACGUAUCAAUUGCUGUUGCAUUUUACUUUUGAGCGGACCGAGCAGACACAGGUUCCGAUUACGCUAACUAAGGGAUUUACAGCCUUGAGUACCGAGAAGGGGGUCCAUUUGCGGCUGAAGCUGAGAAAGUGAAAAUAAUUCAUUCGUAAUAAACAUUUAUUUCUUGAUUAUCGCCA